AUGACAAGCGACGACCAGUUCUUCUUCGACUAUCUUGCGUCCAUACCGCAUGACGUAAGACGAUACUCGUUGCAGGUCGCCGACUCCAUCGACCGCCAGUUCGACUGGGCAGCGGCCACGAUCCGGGAUACCCUUUCACAUCAAACAUGGCUGCCGCCAUCGGUCCGACCGAGGUUGCGUGCUCAGGACAUGCGCUCGUCGCCGCAUGGGUUGGCCGACCGGGUCCAGGACUGGCUGGCUCGGCAUCGCGCGCUGACCGCGGCUAUCGUUGCAUUUGUCGGAACCGGGUGUGUUUUGCUAUAUGGGAACAAAAAGCUGAACAGCAAGCGGAGAAAGGCUAGAAAGGCUGGUAAUGGGGCACGAAAGGAGAUCGUUGUGGUUGCUGGAUCGCCGCAUGAACCUAUGACACGAGCUAUUGCUGCGGAUUUGGAGCGUCGAGGAUACAUUGUUUAUGUGACGGUUUCAUCUGCGGACGAGGAACAUCUUGUUCAAUCUGAGCACCGGGCGGACAUCAAAGCCCUGUGGCUGGAUCUGACAACGACCUCGCCGAACCAGUCCGAACUCCACCCUUCGCUUCAUGAGCUUCGUACCUUGAUCACACAGCCUCAGUAUCCCCUCCCAGGGAUGCCCCCGCAUACCUGCCAGCUGAGCGGUGUUAUCAUCGUGCCGUCGCCGAACUACGCCUCCGGUCCCGUUGCUACCAUUCCAGCCUCAUCGUGGGCCGACACCAUCAACACCCGUCUUCUUUCUCCCAUCCUCACUGCCCAGGUGUUCCUGCCUCUGUUGACCCUCCGCAGCAACAGCAGCUCUCUUAUUUUCGCCUACCCAUCCAUCUCAUCAUCUCUUUCUGCCCCCUUCGCUGGACCUGAAGUUACCACAGCCCGAGCGAUUUCAGGCUUCGCGACCUCGCUCCGCCAGGAACUUUACCUUCUCGAGAACGGAAAUGUCGAUGUCGUCGAACUUCGGCUUGGAAACAUCGACUUGGGCCCGUCCUACCGGAAUGCUCAGAACCAAAUUGCCGGGACGGAAGUUCUGGCAUGGAGCGCGCAGCAGCGGGCUCUCUACGGCUCCCAGUACUUAAACAGUAUUGAGCAGCGACCUGUCGCUUCUGCUGGGCCUGCCACUAUUCGCGGAUCUCCCGCGCGUGCCCUUCAUCACGCUGUGCUAGAUGCCUUGGAGCCAGCCUCCCGGAAUAUCUUUGGACGCCGCGUGCACAAGAAGGCCGUCAUGUAUGUGGGUCGAGGGGCGCGGUCGUACGGCGUGAUCGGUGACUGGGUGCCCAGUGGACUGGUAGGCUUGAUGAUGGGUUACCGCAGAGGGCAGGCCGCGGGCUUGGGCAGUCCCAGUAGUGGCAGUGAGACCAGCUGGGAGCGUGUUUAA